AUGUCACUGUUUCGGAAGCUGAGCUCCAAGAAGAAAGUGCGUGGCCCGCGCACUGCCACCACACACGAUGAGCCACAGGAUGAGCAGCAAGAACAGCAAAAAGCCAAGCAGCAGGGUCAGGAUCAGCCAGAUCAAGCCGAAGGGGCCGACGAUGAUGGCAUGGAAAGCUCAGAGGAAAGCUCACCCGGCCAAAGCAGACUGAGACGCACACCGACGAAGAAGGGCGUGUUCCGCCGCGUGUUCUCCUUCAAGCGUAACACGUCCACGACUGCGUUUGAACCCGCCGCCCGCAAAGACGAGGACGUGGAUGCGAUGCCAACAAUGGAGGUGGCAUGGACGACCGAUCUUGGGUUCCACCACGAAGCAAACGAGGACAAGGCCACCAUCAUCGAGGACCUGUUCAAAGAGUUCCCGCCAAAACACGAACACGAGUACAACGGCACGCCCCAGCAGAAGCUGAGUGUCUUUGCUGUCUUUGAUGGUCAUGGUGGCUACGAGGCAUCGGAGUGGGCACAAACGCACCUGCACCAGCACCUGAGCGAUCUGCUGUGGCGCAGCAACUACGACGACAAAAUCACAGACGCCCUUCACCACAGCUUCAAGGCGACGGAGGACGGGUUUUGCGAGUGGGCGAAGAAGAAGAAGAACAUGGCUGGAUCGUGUGCCACGUGUGUCGUCAUCAAAGGCCGCAAGGUGUUUUGUGGCAAUGCUGGCGAUUCCAAAGCGAUGAUCAUUCGUCAGGUCCGCAAGCAGACGCCAAAGGCUGCGGACCGAAGCGACUUGAACCACCGCCACGGGUCGCACCUCAAGUCCGAGCGCGUGCGCAUCAAGAAGGCGGGCGGUCGCAUCGCCCCCGACGGCAGCGUCUACGGCGUCCUCUUUCCAACAAGGGGGUUCGGGGACAUUGACGUGAAGGCGGACGGGCGUCCUGUUGUGAUCUGCACCCCCGAUGGCGCCGGCUUUGACAAGUGGUCGCCAUAUGUGCUCGACACGGACACCGUCUCCUACCUCGUCAUCGCAAGUGACGGCCUGUGGGACUUUGUGUCGGACAAGGACGUGGAGGCACUGACCAUGCAAUACCAAUCGCCGAAAGAGAUCGCUGUUGAGUUGACGAAGGAGGCGCGAAUGGGGGGCAGUGAAGACGACAUCACCAUCAUCGUCGUCAGGCUGUCGUUUGCAGAGUCGACGAUGACGUCACAUCUGCCGACAGUCGUGGAGUGA